AGUCCACUACAUGCACACACUUCUCUGUCAGCAACUGUAUAUAUUAUAACUGGAGUAUUUCACAUCAGGAUUUUCUUCAAACACCUGAUUUGGUCUUCAUCCGUCUGCAAAUAUGACAAUUAGAACAGUCCGUCCAAACCGGGUACAACAUUUCCGGCCUCGCACGCACUGCUUCAAAAAGCUGGAGGCCAUUGUGGUGGACAUGCAGGAUCCCAACAGUGGGGUCAAGGGCUCGGAGCAAAAACUCAACGUCAAUACCAUCCCACAUGUCAUCACUGGUAAAGACGUCAUCGCAUGGAUCACCACCAAGAUGAAGACCACUCCAGAAGAGGUUCAGGCCAUUGGCACCAUGUUAGUGGCCUACGGCUACAUCUACCCCCUGCAGAACCACAAGAAGCUGGUGAUGUGCAACGACACCAGCCUCUACCGCUUCCAGACCCCGUACUUCUGGCCUACACAGAAGUGGGUUGCAGAGGACUCUGACUAUGCCAUUUACCUGGCAAAGAGGAACAUCCGCAAGAAAGGCAUGCUAGAACCCUACGAACAGCCCAGCAAGGGCCCACGCCUCUGCACCACCUAUCCCAGUGCUCCCCCCACCCCACAGGUCCCCCUCCCCAAGCUCAUCAGGGGCCCAUGCCUCUCCAAACAAACUGUUCCCAUGGUAACAUUAUGUAUUCUUGUCUCUCAGAAAAUCACUUUUGAUGCAUACAGACGCAUGAACUUGUUCUACCAACAAGCUAUCAUGAGGUCAAAGGUGAAAUCUAGUGUGUCCCUCGGAGCACUGGCCAAGUACGUGACAACCUACAAAAACCACGACCCGUUCCUGGCUCCCUGUCUACCCAGCAACCCCUGGCAAACAGACAAUGACGCAUACUGGACUUACAACACGAGACGAGUUAACGUUCCCACUAAGAUGCGAGUCGAGCGCUGGUCCUUCAGCUUGUUCGAGCUGCUGAACGACCUGCGAGGCCGAGACGACUUCAAGAUCUUUCUCAAGAAGGAGUUCAGCGGCGAGAACUUGGCUUUUUGGGAGGCAGCUGAAGAACUGAAGUGGGGCACGGCAUCUUCCAUGUCAUCAAAAGCUGAGACCAUUUUCAAGACCUUCCUGGUCCCCGGUGCCCCCCGCUGGAUCAACAUUGAUGGCAGGACAAUGGGUCUGACAGUGAAAGGCCUGGACCAUCCUCACCGCUACGUGCUGGAAGCAGCCCAGACACACGUGUUCCUGCUCAUGAAAAAGGAUACUUUCUUCCGUUACCUCAAGUCACCGGUGUACAAAGACAUCCAGAAGAAGGCACUGAACCCUGAGUCUCACAGCUUCAGUCCAGCCCAGCUGGAGCAAAAUGCUCAGAAUCGAAGCCUAGGCAUCCAUCCCAUCAUCCUCUGGCAGCAGGAGGAGGAGGAAAAGGCCAAGGCUGCUAUUGCCUCCGCUCCUGUCGACGUCAAGGCCAUGAUGAGCAAAAUAGACAGGAAGAAGUAGAUAUGUAUUUGUGGUUGUGUAUUCUACAUGUCAUGUCACACACUAGUACUAGGGAUGGGACCAUAUAGGAUUUUAUAUCGAAUCGCAAUAAAAAACGCUCCCAAUAAGUUGAUGGUGGUGAAUUUCUAUUAUCAGCAUAAUCACGAAUAUCAUCACACGAGUAAAACUCAGAAGUAAAAAAUAGUCUGAUUUAAAAGAUACAGGAAUUAUCAUGUAAGAAAGCACAAACUCACAAUCCAGGGGGACAUUAUGACUUACGAUUACCUUAUUUACGGUUGUUUUUCACUUAAAAAAGAUGUCAUAUCUGUGAUGCAAUAGAAAUAUUUGUUUCUUAACAAAAUGUAGGUAAAAGUGAUUUUAGUAUGCGUUACUGAUGAUUGUUGGGAAAAUAUUGUGAAUCACAAUUAUUUUCCUGGAUAAUCGUGACGUAAUCAUUUUAUAUGGUCCCAUGCUUGCACAGUACCAACACAGGAACCAGUCCUCCUGUUAGGAUGUAUACACUGUACGGAAUAAUCUGCUAUAGUAUUCAUUAUGGAAGGCUUACUGAACAGACCUACUAGGCACAGGCCCAGGGCCCUCUGACCCCAUGUUUGAUUUGACUCUUUACAUGUCUUGUUGGAAAGUCAAUCAAAUGACUACAAAAAUAUACAACUACAAAUAUAACACAUAUACACGUUAACCACAAAGGCAAAAGAAGACAAAACUACAAAGACACUAAAAAUGAGCACAAGCGGGCGUAGGGUCCUGUUGUCCAGGUUGUACAUGUCCGUGCCCAGUGGGCCUUUGUCUCAUAAUCUGUCCAUAGUUUUCAUUGUCACAGACACAUAUUUGACUGAAAGACUCCGACUCUGCAGAAAUUAGGGCUUUUUUUAGAAAGUGACACAGAUUUUCUAGAGACUUCCCAAAAAUAUGCUGUGUCUCUACAUAAGUCAUGUUAAUGUUUGUAUCAACAAUUCAAAUGUGUCUAAUGUUAAUUACUUAAAUACAAUAUUAUUAGCAUAUAUUACAUCGGCCAAAGCAUUUUGUCUUUAGCCGAGCUUGUAUUAGUUAUAUUUCUUUCAUACAUAUUACCCUUUCUUGUAACAGUGUGAGGAGAUACUGAAUUGGAACCAGUCAUAGUGGAAAUGCACCAUAUAGUAUAUAGUAGCAACAGUACAAUGAUGUUAAAAAGACCCAAUUUGUCUAUGGAGGAUCUGCACACAAUGUAAAUCUGGUUACUUAACCAAAUGUAAUAAAUGAGAUCAAGAUAAGCA